AUGUUCGGAUUUCUGGCAUCAUUCCUGAUAUACUCUGCGCUCAAGUAUGCAUCGGCUUCCCCCACCAACGCUGUCACAAUCACAUCACAUCCCAUCUCCUUUGCGAACGCUCCGACACUGGCCCCACCCAUUCAAUUUAUACUCGAGCCUAACGGGCACUUACGACCGCGACCGCGCAAAGUCCUUGGAUUAAGAUCUCGCGAGUUGGAGAACCCUAUUCCUGACAAGAUCGAACGCAAUCAUUAUAUGACUCGAAUACCAAGCGAGGAGCAAUUAAGCAUAAUCAAGAAGGUCAUCCGGGACCACAUGGCGGGGUCGCCUUAUAUGCUUGGUGCAGACGGCAAAUUUUCUGCAACCGAGAAACCGCAAGGUACUUUGAAGUACUAUUUUGGGAAAGUUGAGGUCUUCGAUGAGGAAGGGUACUCGAUAUACGAAACAUCUUGCUGCUAUGGGUUCCCCCGUUCGAAUUGUGCUUGCUUCUCAUGCACAAAUUGCGCCGAAUAUUCGACCACUUCUGCAGCCUGCAUCUUAUGUUGUCCUCUACUGGUCUCAACUGGACUGUGUUCAUUUGGUCUCGAGUUGAGCUUUUUUGGUGACAACAGACUAAGUGGGGCUUGUAUCCACACGAGGAAUUCUGCUUACGGAAGACUAAGUGCAGUUGCCAAUGCUGGUUAUAACGCCUGGCAAACGAUCCGAGCCCGACGAAACCCAACAGUAGCGCCUGUUUCCUCCGAGAUUCAGCUGCCUUGGAAUUGUCAUUACAAAGGUCCGGGGUCCUUGCGUAGACAGCUUCAUUCAAAUUGUAAUCAUCGUGCCGUCGGACGGUUUCAUUCAACCAAAAAGUUCGACCGAAGGUUGGUGAUGAACGUCUCACUUUGA